AUGGAGUUUUGUGAGCGAAACUCGCUGAGACACGUGCUAAACGAUCCGGAAAUCCUCUACAACUGGAAGACGAUUCUCGUCUGGGCCGAGCAUUUAACAACAGCAUUGUUGUACCUAAAGAGCCACAAAAUCCUCCAUCGAGAUAUCAAACCGGAAAACGUUCUCGUUACGAUAGACUUUGUGCUGAAACUGGGAGAUUUUGGGCUUGUCAGAGAUCUGAGUUCUGUCGCCAUUUCGACUAAUUUAGCCGGAACAUAUCGCUACAUGAGUCCAGAAGCCUAUGGGGUUUUUGAUCGCAUUCAGAUCGACUAUCCGAGUGAUCUCUACUCGACUGCUUUGUGUCUUUGGGAAAUCGUGGAAAGACGACGUGUUUUCUCGCCUGAGUAUGAUAAUGUCGAGCAUUUCAAUCAUUUUACCUUUUUCAAUGAUCUCAGAAAUGGUUCUUUCAAAUUGUCUUUUCCCAUCGAAAGCGAGAGUCCACUAAAAGCACUAAUUCUCGACGAGAAGGACGAGAGGGAGGGAUCGGUCAUCGAUGAUCUCGAGUCAAGCUUGGCCACCAUCUGCAUGACGCCUUGUACCCUGAUUGAGGCUCGUCGAAACUUGAAAAACAUUCUGCGAGGAGCUCCAAAUCUCUUGAUCACUAUCGAGAAGCUAAUUGACAAAUGCACGAAAUUUCCAAGCGAUCACGUUUUUCUCCUCGAUCGAAACGACGAUUUCCCUCAAAUUCUCACCCCAACACUGAUAAAGAAAGCCUCGCUGACUUUGAAUCUCUACGAUUGGCUUUUGAAAAAGGUCUUUCUUGGA